CGUAUAUCGACAUUUCGCCUGCCCUAUACGAGUGAUAUUACAUUGAAAGAUUGUGUAAAGUUGAUAAAAAAAAAACAUUAAUCGAACAAGUUAUUUAAAGUGAACUUCAAGGUCUGAAGUAUGUAACUGUUGACGAGAAAUCGCUAAUUUGACCUACAGAACUUUGAAACUAGUGCGCCGCCUUUUCAUUGAACAUUCUACAUGAAUGGAAAAUGGAACUAGAGCCCAAAGAAUGGAAUCUGACAAAUAGUCAGGAUGUUCUCAGUGACAAUAACAAGUUUGAAGAGUCAAAAAAACAUAAGUAUCCCGAAGAAAAUGAAACAGUGGCUAUCAAAAAGCAAAAGUUAGAUGAGGACAAUGAAAACUUGGAAUGUCUGAACUCGCUUAGGAACAUUUGUGAGGCAGAUCUAGAAGACAAUGCUGCUCCUCUUAAUACCCUGCCACCCUCUGAAGAAACUCUAAAACUAAAUGUAACUACCACUCAAAAAAAGAAAAAGAAGAAAAAAGUUGUUUCUGAGGCAGCCACCAAGCCCAAAGACGUCAAACCAAAAAAUGAGAAGUUGAAAUCCCACAUGAGGAAAAACAUCAGGGAUAUUCUGAAAGGUGAUGAGCUUGAGGCAGAGACAAGAGCUGCUCAACAGAGAGAACUUGAAAGAGUGCAAAGAAUCCAUCAACAACAACAACAACAGCAGCAACAGCAGGUUCCAGAAUGCAGCUACAUCCCUCAUUUUGAUGAAGAAGAUGAUCAGGCUCCUGCUUCAACUUUAGUUGAGGAUUUACAAGCAUUAGCACAAGAACUUGAAGAUAGCACACUUUCACCAGAUAUCCCACUUGAAUUCUUAGAAAAUGACCAGCCCUUCAAUCAAACCUCAGAACCUCCUACUGUUGAUAUUGCCAAGGAGGAUAAUCAUGAAGUGCAUGUGCAAAAACAAAUCUAUGAUGAUGAUGUGAUAUGCCUUUCAAGUGAUGAUGAAGAGUUUCCUCCCAAACCGGCCCCUUCAGCUCCUACAUGUUCUAAACGAUAUGUCCCAGAUGAUGACGAUGAUGAUGUGGUCAUACUUUCAGGAGAUGAUGAGAAACCCGAAGUAGUUGAAGAAGAAAGUGAUGUCCACAAUUUUGGCCUUCAUACAAGAGAUGAAUUAAACAAGCCAGAUAACGAAGGACGAGUUCUAAUAAAUGUGGGUCACCCUUCCAAUGAAGUCGACAUUUUUCUAGCCCCCCAACUUGCCCGAGCAGCCAAAGCCCACCAGAUUGGCGGUAUUCGUUUCCUUUACGACAAUGUCGUGGAGAGCUUGGAGCAGUACUCCACGUCAGAGGGAUUUGGCUGUAUCUUGGCUCACUCAAUGGGCUUAGGCAAAACGUUUCAGGUCUGCGCCUUUUCAGAAGUGUUUUUACGUCACACCAAAGCGAGGACUGUGUUGAUCAUUGUUCCAAUCAACACAAUUCAAAAUUGGGUUUCUGAAUUCAACUCGUGGUUACCGCCUGAGCUCAGUCCUGAAAGAACAGAUGAUGAUCCUCCUGUACAACCUCGCAGUUUCCACCUGCAUGUUUUAAAUGACACAACUAAAGAUCUCAACUCGAGAUCGAAGGUGAUAGCUGACUGGACCAAUAAAGGUGGUGUCCUUCUUAUCGGUUACGAACUCUAUCGACUGUUUUAUACUCAGCGAGAGAGUAAAGAGAAAAAACGGUCGAAGGUUUCGAAAAAGACGAAGAAAGUGUCUGGAUUUGUUGAUUUGGAGGAAGAAGAGAAAGAGAAACGACGGCUUGAAAAAAUUUACCAGGCCUUAGUCAAUCCCGGACCGGAGUUGAUAAUUUGCGAUGAAGGUCAUCGUAUAAAAAAUAUGAAGACAUCUAUUUCAGUUGCGCUGAAAGAAGUGCGUACACGUCGUCGAGUCGUCCUAACAGGGUACCCUUUACAGAAUAACCUUCUCGAGUAUUGGUGUAUGGUUGACUUCGUCCGGCCGAAUUUUCUCGGUACAAGAACCGAAUUUGGAAAUAUGUUUGAACGACCCAUCCAGAAUGGACAGUGUGUGGACAGCAAUCCAGCCGAUGUGAAGCUUAUGAAAGAACGCGUAUACGUACUUCAUUCCUUGGUUAAGGGUUUUGUCCAACGAAGAAGCCAUGCAGUGUUACGAAAUAGCCUUCCACAUAAAGAGGAGCAUGUUCUUCUUUUACGGAUGACGACACUUCAGCGGGAGCUUUAUAAACACUACAUGUCUCAGCUGUUGCUGAACAAAUCAGUGUCCAACCCUCUCAAGGCGUUUGCAGUUUGCCUCAAAAUUUGGAACCACCCCGAUGUGUUGUACAAUUUUUACAAGAAAGGAAAAGAUGACUUGGACUUGGAGUUGGAUGAAGAGACACCCGAAAGUCGGAAAAAGAAGAAAAGUACUGCCGUCACCAAUGCCGUUCCUCCGAUGCCUUCGCUUCCUACUCCAAUUGUUCCUAAUGAUGACGAAGCUGGAGAUGGUAGCCAAUCCUCUCUUCAAACUGGUUUCCCUGUUGAUUCAGGAGCCAAUGACUGUGCCAAAGAGAAGAAAGAAGAGGCCAUCUCUUUGGAAUGGGCUCAUGAUUUCUUUAAAGGAUACACCCCUGGUAAUAUUGAAAACGCUGCCAAAACGAAAAUAUUUUUCACCAUACUGGAGGAAUCUGUGAAAAUUGGAGAUAGACUUCUAGUCUUUAGCCAGUCCUUAUUUACCCUUAAUAUGCUCGAAGAAUUCCUUCAGCAACGUAAAAUUCCCAAUCGUGGAGAAGAACAUUGGUGUAAGAGUAAAUCUUACUUCCGACUGGACGGCAGCACCACGGGCAUGGAGAGGGAGAAGCUUGUCAAUGAGUUUAAUUCCAAUGCAGACGUUUUGCUCUUCCUAAUUUCUACCCGUGCUGGAAGCCUCGGCAUCAACUUGAUAGGUGCGAAUCGUGUCAUUGUGUUUGACGCCUCCUGGAAUCCUUGCCAUGACGCUCAAGCAGUUUGCAGAGUCUAUCGGUAUGGUCAGAAGAAACAGUGUUUUAUUUAUAGACUGGUGACCGAUAACUCCCUGGAAAAGAAGAUUUACGACAGACAAAUAGGCAAACAGGGAACCGCGGAUCGUGUGGUAGACGAACUUAAUCCUGAGGCUCGGCUCUCGUUGAAAGAAGUUACGAGUCUUGUCUGUGACGACGAGGACGAUCCGCCUGUCAGAGAUUUCGGGGAAUCCUAUACGGCUGCAUCUAAUAUCACCGAUGAAAUUCUAGGAGAAGUUCUUCAGAAAUGGGGUCACAGUUUUACAAAAGACCCCUUUCAACACGACACACUUCUACUUGAAGGCAAGGAUUCUGGGUUGUCGAAAGCCGAAAAGCGAAUGGCGCAGCGCUUGUACGAGAAAGCCAAGCUGGAUGGCAAUAUGCAGUAUCGACGUCAGAACUAUUCGUCUUAUUAUCCCAAAAUGCCAGUUCCUAUUCCGACAAUGGACAACAAUGCUUUCAGUCGCAUGAAUCCCAUGUAUUCAUCUCCUCGACCAUCGAGUAUUCCACCAAAACAUACCAACAGUCCUCCUCGGCAGGGAAAUAUGAACUUGUUGGCCGAAGCAUUUGCUCAAGGAAAACUGGUCUGCAAAGAAAUGGUACUCACAAAGGACGUCACUAUCGCUAGAAAUCAAAUGCCUGAUGGAACCGGUGAAACAACCCCAACUGUUUUACCUUCUGGAACUAGAGUGAAGUUAAUUAAAACGCCAAAAGGUAUCUACAUGCAAACACCAGAAGGGAAAAUUUUGCGCAUUCAUUCAGCCGCGCCUGCUACACCAGCAUCUCCUUCAACGAUAGCAGCCGCUCUAGGUUUAAAUUUGAAAACCCCUCUCCCUGGUGUUCAGGAUUCCUCAAUAGGGCUGGCUUCCUUUAGUGGAGGAUCAAAAUCGUCUUUGAUGGAACAGUCCAUGUUGAAACGCAUCAGAGAAAUGCAACAAAAGUCUUUAGUGGGGGAUAGUUCCAAGCAAGUCAUAUCGUUCAAUGACAAAAGCGCGCUAUUGGCCCAGAUCCGCCAAAAUCUGACGGUAAACAAAGGAUUCGGAAAUAACCUGAGUAGCAUGACUGCUAGAGUGGGAGGAAGUUCUAGCCCAAGAAAUCUCCCUCCGUUGGCUAAUAACUCGAACCUCAAUCAUUUUGCCAAACAGCUAGCAAGUUUGGCUCAGAAAUCAACGGUGGAUUUGUUGACGGAUGUUGGAGUUGGUUGCAGCCAGGCAGAUUUUGAGACUUGCAGCAAUAGCGGCUUGUCUCCUAAAAGACCUUCGAGUCUUUUGCCAAAUGCGAGAGCACUGCCAAGCGACUCACUGCCUAAGAAAGUAGCAACAGUUUCUCCAAACUUGACGAAAGCUCGCGUUUUUACUCCACGCCGUCCAAUGGCCAACGUAGAGCCCAUGUCGAAAAUUCCUGCUACGGUUGAUCAUUCCUCGGUCACGGAGUCGUCGCCACCGUUGAUGUCGGGCGCCAUGUGCCCUAUUCCUUCGGCUCUUUCGGCGCUGUCUGCUCUAUCUUCAUCUCCUCUGGCAGUGAAGCCUACUACUUAUAACCGACCUUCUGAAUUGUCACCUGAUCUCGUUGAAUUUGCCUCUAAAAGCGAAGAGGAGCAGCACUCUUCUAUGGAAAGCAACGGAAGCACUCGGAAUGGAAGUGGCCUUUUCGAUAACCUCUCUUUGGCUUCCCAGCUAGAGGGUUUUGCCUCGUGUACCUCAGCUGCCGAGAGUCUCAAGGACUUGCUGAAAACCACGAACAAUGCAACCAGCGAAAACGUCGUGCCCAGUUUACGGUGGAAUAGUGAUGAAACGUUAGCUAGUGUACCCCCUUCAUGGUCUGAUGAACAGCAAUUUCCCACCAACCAGCAACACCAGUGGAACAAUGGAGGACAGUGGAACGACGCUUCCACCAGUAGUCAAGUGAAUUGGCCCUGGUCUCAACAGCAACCAUCUCAACAGGCCCAAGCAAAUUUCUCCAACGCCAAUCGUUCAGGAGGCACUUCGACGGCUGCCACCCCAGCAGCACACUCGUACAACAACCAUCAGUAUUCUAACAACUUUGACGCUAGUAAUCAGUGGUCGAAUUACAACAACACGCCGACCGCAGCUAACAAUUCUUACACUUCACAUUCCCUUCCACCUCCUAAUGGACACUAUUCUGCUCCCCCUUACUUUCCUACUUCGUACUUUGGCUCUAACGCGCCGCUACCACCGGCUUACAUGACCUAUCCGCAAACUUCUCAACCCGGAUACAACAGUCUGGAAGGUAGCAGCUACCACAAUCAGUACGGGGGUAAUGAAUUCCCACCAAACUACUCUCAACCUUACCCCGGUAGCUAUUCACAGUAAAGGCACUGUGCAUCACAUAAGAACAGUCACUCCAAAGUUUUUGCUUGGGCAUUCAAAUUUUUGGUUUGUUUAUCCUUAAAUAUUUAAUUGGUCGUGGUAACAUUUGUUGGCUUGUGUUAUGGAGUUAAAAUUUUGCUGCGCUCCGUCUAUUAACUGACCGGCGUUAGCCAUCGUAAUUACGAUCAAAUUGCAUUACACCUACUGUGUAUAUUCGUACGUUUCUUAUGUGUGUGUAAACAGGUGAAUGCUGGGCAAGCAUUUGAGAUAAUUCUGUUGAAAGCUGCCGUGUGUGUCUACGUUCCCCUUUGGCCUCGCAAUCGCCUGUCCUUUAUACCUCCUCUCUUUCUGAACCUAUUAUUGUUUGUUAUUAUGCCGUGAACGAAAAAAGUGGAGAAAAUUUAGUUUCAACGUGACUAGUUAUGAAAUAAAUCUGAAACACUGCAGUUGCAAUGAAAA